GUUAUGCACAGAAAAUGUCAACACGGGAGAUUGUCACAUUACAGAUCGGUCACUAUGCAAAUUUUGUGGGCACACAUUGGUGGAAUAUUCAGGUAUAUAAAUUGGAGUCAACGCUUGUGUACAAUAACCUCAGGCAACUCACAGGGCCCAAGGAAAUUAACCAUGAUGUGCUCUUCAGGGAGGGACAAACAUUGCAUGGGGAGGUGACAUACACACCUCGUCUCAUUGCUGUGGAUCUGAAAGGGAGUCUGAAUGCACUGAGAAGGGAGGGAAUUCUGUAUGAGAGCAGGCAAGGAGGGAGAAAGAAGUCAGAGACUGAAGAUGCCGUGUUUGGUCGUAAACUAUACAAUCUGGACAACAAUGUGUCCGUGUGGUCUGACUUCCUCCGCGUCCACCUUCAUCCCAAGUCCCUGCACAUAGUGGAUGACUUCAUACACAAGAAUGAGGACCAGACGUGGGACAUGUUCCAGCUUAGGUUCCACAUGCUGCUGGACUGGUGUGAUGGGUUGGGAUAUGGGGCUAGCCUCCUCCAGUACCUGGAGGGAGAAAUGCACAAACAAGGCUCGGAUGACAUAUGGGGCCAUCUCGAGACUUUUCCCCAUCUCAGCUACAAGGGGGAACUAGACUACCACACCAGUGGCAUCAUGGCAGCUUGUCUGGAUACACUGUCUCUCCCGUACAGGCGUGAGGGCUUCGCAACACAGCUGGCUGAUAUCACAGCAUCAUUCAACAAUCUCGGGAGAAAGGUUGCAGCUGUCUACUCCAGCCUCCCCUUCCCUCUCACACCCCAGGGGACAUUUGUUGAGAGUCUGAUGUCCCACAAAGACCACCCACCCUGGUAUUCCCUCACCCCCCAUGUAGGCACCUGUCUUGACCCCUACAUGCAGUCCUGUGUGGUCAGGGGUGUACCAGACCACAAGAUAACCAGAUCUCAGCCGACACCUGACAUCCCCAGAAUACUGACAGGCUGUUCCUCUCUCGCUGAGGUUCUCCACCUUUAUCUGUCAGAGACAUAUCCACAGUCCCUGAAUGCUGGCUGUACAAUGCGAGAUGCUUGUAAAGUUGUCUCCCCUUACCCACAUGUUUUCUCCAGCAACGUGACCAGCAGUGGCUACAUUUGUGAUACAGACAGGCCAUCAUACCAAGGUGUGGAGUCAGUUCCUGUAAUGACGUCUCUUCAGUCCAAUGACAGUGUUUACAACCUGACCAGCAGUCUCCACAAUGAGGCAUCCCGCUUCAACAUCAAGAAGCACCAUCACUACCUUGAGGCAGGGUUGGAGGAGGACGAAUACCGAGAGACACUGGACAAUGUGUCCACACUGGGGCAGUGCUACAAGACAGACACAUCCAUAUCCUGACACCUGCUGCAACAUCCUGGACAGAACUAUGAACUGCAGUCCAGUGUUUAAUACAGAAACAGGCUCCAUAACCUGAUAUAAUGAGAUGCUGCUUGCUGUUAUCAGCUGGAACUGGUUUCUUAAAACCAACCAUCAAUGUCCAAAUGGUGAUCCAUGCAUGCGUGUCCAGUGUUUGGAAAUUGGAUUGAUCUUGGCGGGUUUUUUUUGUCUGUAUUUGAAACUAGGGACUCCGUAAACCUUGAGCUUUUAACAAAGUGUCCAA